AUGGACGGCCUGCUCCUCAAUACCGAGGACAUCUACACCCUCUGCGCCAACAUCGUGCUCGCGAGACACGGGCGGCCAAACCUGCCUUGGAGCGUCAAGGCCAAGCUGAUGGGCGUGCCUGGCGGGUCCACGGGCGACUCCUUCCACGAGUGGGCUAACCUCCCGAUACCCCGCGAGCAGUAUAAGCUCGAGCAAUUCGAAGAACACAAGAAGCAUUUCCCGGAGUGCAUGCCCCUCCCAGGCGCGGAGGCGCUGCUCGAGCACCUCAACGCAGCGCGCAACGUCGACGAUCGCAAGGUCGAGGUGGCGUUGGCCACGAGCAGUGCGCGGCAAAACUUUGAUCUCAAGAUCAGACAGCCAGAGUCAGUAAAGUUGAUGAGCCACUUCCCCGAGGGCAGACGCAUCCUGGGAGAUGAUCCGCGGGUAAAGAAGGGGCGCGGCAAGCCGGCGCCGGACAUCUACUUGCUUGCCCUGGAGACGAUCAACGCGUCGCUGGAGGAGGGUGAGCCCAGGAUAUCGCCCAGUGAAUGCCUGGUGUUCGAGGAUAGCGUCCCCGGCGUCGAGGCAGGACGGAGAGCCGGCAUGAGAGUGGUCUGGGUGCCGCACGAGGGUCUGGCAAACGAGCUCAAGGGGAAGGAGACGGAAGUCCUGGCUGGGAGAGUGGGACUGGUCAAGAUUGGCGACGAGCAUCAGUUGGGUCAACUCGACGACGGCUGGGCUGAGCAGCGGCCGAGUUUGUCUGAGAUAGUCCGUGCUAACAUUUCCGAAAUCAGAACGAGCAACUCCAAGGUGGUUCUUUGCACUGGCGCCAACCAAGGGUUAGGCUACUCUAUUCUGAAGAUAGCAGGCCUACGCCACUCUGACUACACUUACAUCCUGUGCAGCCGCAAUCUGGCUAAAGGCAAGGACGCAGCAGACCAGCUUAAGGAAGAUGGUGUUUCCGCAAAAGUUGAUGUCUUGGAGCUGGAUGCCACCAAGGACGAGCAUAUCGAGCAAGCGGUGGCAUAUGUAGACAAGACUUACGGGAAACUCGAUGUCCUCGUCAACAAUGCCGGCAUACUCGGGCCUUUCCCGAAAAAGGACGAGUCCCUUCAGACUGUGCGGUCCCGAUACGAUCUGCUCCUCAGUGUGAAUCUUGCCUCGGUAGCUGUGGUAACCUACGCUUUCACACCGCUGUUGCACAAGUCGGCCGAUCCCAAAGUCAUCAGCAUAUCCUCCGGCCUCGGCAGCAUCCAACUCUCGCUGACGACCAAGAUGGGACGGUUUCCUCCAUAUGGGGCCACAAAGAUCGGACUGAACGGCCUCAUGGUUCAUCUACAGGUCGCCGAGAACGACCGUGUCGAGGCCGGAGGGCAAGAGGCGGAGCCCGCCUGCAUUCGGCACUACGUGUGUGCGCCGGGUGCGCUCAGAACGGCCUUUUCUGGGUUCAAGGAUGGGUUGAGAGACCCGGACCGAGGUGCCGAGGUUGUUGUAAGGCUUCUGGAGGAUGAUAAGGGCAAAUAUGAAGGAGGUUCAUAUUGGGAAUUUGAGGAGGAUGAAAUGAGGCGCAGGCCUUGGUGA